UCAGCCCCUGAAAAUCCAGAAAGCAUUCCAAUUUCCAACUCAUCCAUCACAGAAAAGAAAACCAAACGCAAAAGGCUCAUACGCUCGUAUCUCCAAUGCCGGAGAUCGAGCCAGAUCCCGGCGAGACAUCGUCGGCGGCGAAGGUCAUCUUCGGAAAGUAUGAGCUUGGGAAGCUCCUCGGCUGUGGGGCCUUCGCCAAGGUUUACCACGCCAGGACCGUCCGAUCUGGGCAAAGCGUCGCCAUCAAGAUCAUCAGCAAGCAGAAGGUCCUGAAAUCUGGCCUAAUGGCGAAUAUCAUGCGGGAAAUCUCUAUCAUGCGCCGGUUGCGCCACCCGCACAUCGUCAAGCUCUACGAGGUCCUCGCCACACGUACGAAGAUAUACUUCGUGAUGGAGUACGUGAAGGGUGGCGAGCUGUUCGGGAAGGUCGCAAAGGGGCGGUUUAGCGAGGAUCUCAGCCGACGGUAUUUCCAGCAGCUGAUCUCGGCCGUCGGAUUCUGUCACUCCCGUGGCGUCUUUCACAGGGAUCUGAAACCGGAGAACCUCCUCCUCGACGAGAACGCUGUCCUGAAGGUAUCGGAUUUCGGCCUCAGCGCUAUUUCGGAUCAGAUCCGAAACGACGGGCUGCUACACACGCUCUGCGGGACACCGGCUUAUGUAGCCCCCGAGAUUCUGGCCAAGAAGGGGUAUGACGGAACAAAAGUCGAUAUAUGGUCCUGCGGCGUUAUUCUCUUCGUCUUGAAUGCGGGCUACCUUCCUUUCAAUGAUCCUAACCUCAUGGUCAUGUACCGGAAGAUCUACAAGGGCGAUUUCCGCUGCCCGAGGUGGACCUCACCCGACAUGAAGCGGAUGCUGUACCGCCUCCUGGACACGAAUCCCGAGACCCGGAUCACCGUCGAUGAGAUCCUGCGGGACCCCUGGUUCCGGAAGGGCUUCGAGGAGGAGAAAUUCAAAUUCCAUGAGGAGGAUUUCGGUAUCGGCUGCUACAAACCGGAUCUCGAUAAGGAUGACCGAAACGCUACGGUCCUGAACGCCUUCGACAUCAUAUCGUUCUCGUCCGGCUUCGAUUUAUCGGGCCUGUUCAGCGAGUCCGAUAAAUCCGUUCCUGACUCGGACCGGUUCGUAACGGCCAAGUCGGAAGAGAGGAUAAUGGCGAAACUGGAGGAGGUUGCGAGGGAGGAACGGCUGGUGGUGCGGAAGAAGAAGGAAUGGAGGGUCGUGAUGGAGGGACAGAACGGUAAUUUGGUUAUCGGCGUGGAGGUUUACCGGCUAACGGGUGAGCUGUCGGUCGUGGAGAUGAGGAGGGUAGGAGGGGACGUACGGGCGUACGGGGAGUUUUGGAGGGAGAAGCUACGGCCGGGGUUAAGCGCCUUGGUAUACAACCCGAGUCAGCCGGUUGCCGGUAACGCUUGACCGAACAUUUAACGGCCUGCCGUUUAUUUGUCAGAUUUGCCUCGCUGUGGACUUGGGAUCCGGCGUGUUCCCGGCGUUGCGUCAGAUGUCGCUUAUAUUAUUAAAAUUAUGGUGUCUUUUUAUACAUAUGGAAUAACGGACAAUCGUAUAUACGUACAAAUUUUUUA